AGAAAUUCCUCUCUCAAGAGUUUGGCAUUUCCUCUGAGCUCAUACACACACACACACACACACACACUCCAGCGGCUGCUCUCUCGUUUCACACAGCGCUCGGCGUACGAGAGAGGGGGAUUUUCAAACAUCCUGAAUGAGCAGACUCGUGGCACUCGGCAAACAAAACCCCAUCGUGUAAACUUUGCCUGCGAGGUUAGAGGAACUUUUAGAGAGUUUAGAACAGCGAGGAGAACUCCUGAUAGUCCUGAACAUCUGGCAGACUGACUCAGCAUGGGCUAACCGCCUCGUCCAUGCCUGUGAGAGCUCAGAGGCCCUGGACUGCAGGAGGAUGAGUGCCUACACGCUAAACCUCAGGGUUUUCUGGCUUCUGGUUACUUGCAUCCUCGGCGUUUUGCUUCUGCUUCAUCAUUUCAUCCUGCGAGGUUCUGACGAACGAUCAGAUGGCUGCUCUGAUCACGGAACUGGAUCUGUUCUGCUCAUCAAGUACUUCUUGGCCUUUGUGUUGUGUUAUUUCUUCAUCAGGUACUGCUCCUCUCAACCUGGAGCUGCUAAACGAGGUAUUCAUGCUGCGGCUGGAAAACCUGCAGGUCCUAAACGGGAGUUGUUGGAGGAGCACUUCGAGAGACACGUACGCCUUUCUCCACACGUUCUCGGCCACAGCAAGGCUCACGUGGCCAAGCUGGUGAGUGAGCUGGUACGGGUCGGACGGGCCGACGUCCUUCCAGAGUCGUCUCUGGCAUUUCGUGGAGACUUCAUUCAGAUCGGUAGCUCAUACGAGGAGCACAAAGUGGGUUCGCCGGAUUGUUUUGACAUCCUGGUUCCGCUUAGGCUUCCCCGAGGGCUCAAACUGGAGCCUUGUAGUCGCGGUAACAACCGUGGUGGUGCACCACUGGUCACUCUGGAGACGCCACGCAAGGAGGAGUGGCCACGGCGCCACAAAGCCUUCACAGAUGCCUACCUGCGUUCGAACAGUUCCCCCGGAGUCUACAGGUUGAGUCCGGACUCGGUGAUGCGCUGGUUUUACUGCGCGUCUCAGCGCUGCCUGUCAGCCGUACGCUACCCGUUUGAGCAGCGCUGCUUACUCAGUCUCUCUCUCAGUGAGGGUCAGCGUGUACGGCUUCACCUCACACCACGCUCCGACUACGUCUGCUGCCACAUCUCCAUGGGCGUCCGGCUCAUCCCGGCACUUCCUCUGGGUGAAUCCGCCUUUUUGGUCGCAUCCCCGGGAGCUCAGCGUUCCGAAGACCUUUGGACGGUCUACUUCCCAAAGCAGGAGCAGAAGCUUCUUGGAUGGUUGAAAGCCAAGCUCCCUGCCAGCUCCUGCCAUCUCAAGUGCCUUCAGCUGCUGAAGGAAGUGCGUGACCUCGGUGGGCAGACGUUAGACCACCGAGCUGGCGCAGAGUGGAAAGGGGUUCUUUCAUCCUAUGUUCUGAAAACUGCCUGGAUGCGCCUCCUGCUCAGCACGCCGUCCGAAGCCUGGGAGGACCGACACCUCAUGGACAGGAUGGAAGACCUGCUGUGGUUCCUAAGAGACGGGCUACAAGCCAGGAGUCUCCACCAUCUCCUUCUCGGAGGUGACAAAGGACUUCUUCCCGAAUCUGUCGCUUUGCCGAAGGUCCUUAAGGAAACAGCGCCAUCUAACCUGUGGGCCGAAUUCGGUGCAGAUACUCUGGACCUGGUAGGUGCUCGUCUCUCCUACUCCUGGACUCAUCUGCCUCGUUUAAUCCGUCUCGGGCGUCCCCAGAGGACGGCCCUAGGACGAGGGCUUCACUGUAAGCACAUGGAUGCUGAGUAGAUGCCGUAUGUUAUUCCAGACUCUCAGGUCUACACGGCUUCCACCCUCAGCACUCAGGCGUCGUGGAGCAUCAGCUGUGUUUUUCAGGUGAUAUAAAUUUCUACAUGUGAAAGAUCUGCUUGAGUUUUGUGUUGACUCAGAGUCACCAUGUGGGACAGGGACAGGUUUAUCAUAAGGGCACGAAUUUCCACACACACACACAGUAUUUAUAACUCCUGAUAUAUCACAGUGUCAUCAUGUUGUGUCUCUGCACUAAACUGCAAAACUGUGUGUGAUACUGUUAGUGUAAAAUACAUGUCUUUAGGUUAUUUUUGUGUAACAGCACAUGCAAGUUUGCACCAUUUGAGUUGUUUUUACUUUUUAUCCGUUUAUAGUUGUAUUUAAUGUGUCAUGAGCUACUUCCUGUUGUCGCUCCGGUUAUAGCAGCUAUAAACACUCCUCCCUCUCCUUACUCUCUCUCUUCCUGAAGCCUGGGGGCUGCUCAGGGACUGGAGGCUGUUAGUGUCUAGUCUCAGUCAGAGUUAAAGACUAGUUAAAAACUAGUUAAAGACUAGUUAAUGACUAGUUUCAGGAUAUUAAAUGUAACUAUUAAUGGAUAUAAAGUGGAACUUGUCAUUCUUUAAUAAACAGAGGAUUGUAAUGGUCAGUGAGUCGCUGUGGUGUGAGAGGAAUAACACACUCAGGGACGUACUGUUAGAGGAAAAUAAUCAGCCUCAGUGUGGACACAGUUUUAUUACUUAACUAUCUAUUAAGCAAUUAUCUUUGAAAAUACUGAUGAAAAAAAUGGACAAAUAGGCCUCAUGUUUUGCAUCACACACACACACACACAUGCACAAAUGCACACACAAAUACACACACACACACACACAUGCACAAAUGCACACACAAAUACACACAAACACACAUGCACAAAUGUACACACAAAUACACACACACACACACAUGCACAAAUGCACACACAAAUACACACAAACACACACAUGCACAAAUGCACACACAAAUACACACACACACACA